CCGUCUAAAACGAGGGCGAGGAAACACCGCACGCAGACAAAUACCGUAGUAAUGUUAACGUCAGUCCCUCCUCUCAGCUCAGCUUAGCUCGGCAGAAAGUCUACUUCGAACCUGAUACAGUGUUGAGUUUCGAGCGAUAGUGGCAAUAAAAUAAUGAUUAAUAGUCUAACAAAGUAGGGCAAGACGUUAAGUUAAGGGAGGGUCUGUUUUCUCCAGUGCCAGGCAACCUCUGCUGCUGUUCUUCCGCGGUUUCCCUGCACGCUUUGGAUCCCGUCCGGUAAAAAUUAAAAUAAAAAUAUAAAUACACCAUACGUCGCACUGCAUCAUGCAUCAGCUUAUAAGGAAAUUCGUGUUCACCGAAUCGCAUUGUGUGGAGGAGGACAACACGAAAACUUUCGCGGAUUUGUUUGAGAAGUUAGACGCUAAUAAAGAUGGGAAAGUGGAUGUUUCUGAGCUCAAGACGGGCCUGGCUGCUAUGGGCUUCUCUAUGGGCAAAGGAGAGGCGCAGAAAAUCUUUGCCUCUGGAGACACUGAUAAGGAUGAAGGGCUGGACUUUGAGGAGUUUUCAAAGUAUCUGAAAGAACACGAGAAAAAACUCAGACUGACCUUCAAGAGUCUGGACAAAAAUCAGGAUGGUCGCAUCGAUGUCCGAGAGAUCCAGCAAUCGCUGAAAGACUUAGGCUUAAACUUGACAGAUCGAGAUGCAGAGAAGAUCCUCCACAGUAUUGAUGCGGAUGGAACUAUGACUGUGGAUUGGAAUGAAUGGAGGGAGCAUUUCCUCUUCAACCCAGCAGAUGACCUUCAGGAAAUCAUACGCUACUGGAAACACUCAACUGUGUUGGAUAUAGGUGACAGUCUGACUAUUCCAGAUGAGUUUACCGAGGAGGAAAAGACCACAGGCAUCUGGUGGAGGCAGCUUGUUGCUGGAGGCAUGGCAGGGGUGGUCUCUCGAACAGGAACCGCCCCCUUGGACAGAAUGAAAGUCUUCAUGCAGGUUCAUUCCUCAAAAACCAACAAAAUCGGUCUGGUGGACGGGUUCAAGCAGAUGAUUAAAGAAGGGGGCGUGGCCUCUCUGUGGCGGGGUAAUGGAGUCAAUGUCAUAAAAAUCGCCCCAGAAACUGCAAUCAAGUUCAUGGCAUAUGAGCAGUAUAAGAAGCUGCUGACCAAAGAGGGUGGGAAAAUCCAGUCACACGAGAGGUUCAUUGCUGGCUCUCUGGCCGGUGCGACCGCUCAAACAGCCAUCUAUCCUAUGGAGGUAAUGAAGACCAGACUUACUCUGAGGAAGACUGGCCAGUAUUCUGGGAUGUUUGACUGUGCCAAGAAGAUUCUGAAGAAGGAGGGAGUGAAGGCCUUUUAUAAAGGCUAUGUGCCCAAUAUCCUGGGAAUUAUUCCAUAUGCUGGAAUCGAUUUAGCAGUGUAUGAGACCCUGAAGAAUGCCUGGUUGUCUCGCUAUGCUAAAGACACUGCUAAUCCAGGAGUGCUGGUUCUUCUCGGCUGUGGGACCAUUUCUAGCACAUGUGGCCAGCUGGCCAGUUACCCUCUGGCCCUGGUCCGCACACGCAUGCAGGCCCAGGCAUCUAUGGAGGGAUCGGAGCAGGUGUCCAUGUCCAUAUUGGUGAAGAAGAUCAUGCAGAAAGAGGGCUUUUUCGGGCUUUACCGUGGGAUCCUGCCCAACUUCAUGAAAGUGAUCCCAGCUGUCAGCAUCAGUUAUGUGGUGUAUGAGUACAUGAGGUCUGGAUUAGGCAUCUCAAAAUGAUCAAUGUCUUGCAUGUUCACACACGCACAAAAUUUUUACCAUCUCUCUUUGAAAACACCCUCCAUGAUGGGACAAAAUGUCUGUUCAGUAACCAAAGUGUUUGAUAUAUAACCUCUGGGAAAAAAGUCAUGAUGUUUAUCUUGCAUUGAGGUUGGGGCCCAACCUAAUUAAUGUUUACACUGAUAUAUAAUUGCACUUUUAUAAGUAUCUAAUAAAUUUCUAAAAUAUUCUGCAUCCGUCCCUGACCAAAUCAGCCAUUGUGAGCCAGUGCACUAUAACAUAUUAUACAGUAUCAAUUUCACAGAUAGAUUGAUAGACAUGGAAAUCUGCCUUUUUGCAUAAAGUAAUUAUACCCAAAUAUACGUAGUAUAAUUUUUUUUCAAGUGAAAUAGGUUGGGCCGUGGUCAAGUCUUUACAUGCUGCAGUCAAUGCUGUUUGUAUAUGUUCUGUGAAAAAUGCUAAAUAUACAUAGUAAAACAAGGAUCAGAGAAACAAUGCAAAAUGGGGUCCCACAUUAUGACAUAAAGAGCAAAAUGUGCCUUAUAUCAUUUGUUCGAUCUCUGUGUGGGUUCCUUUCCAUCUCUACUAUACAUUGGAAAAUUUAAUUUGAAUUUAUGUUGCCUUUAUCCCCGAAGUUUGCUUAGUUUAGAAACUCUUGUUUAUAUUAAAGGUUGUAUUUUAAUACA